UGGAAUGACCAUGAUUCAAAAAGAUGUAGGUUCCCAGGAAGUUACAAUGCCUGAAUUGUCUCGUACAACGGAUCAAACUGUAUCCUUCUUGAAGAGUGGUCAUUUUCUGGAUAAUAAUGUGCCGUUAUUGCACAGUGAGAUGGCUUCCACUGAUGCCUUCAGGUCUUCCGAUGUAUUCUCGCCAUCUGUUUCAUACAUUGAUGACUUUUUGAGCACCAAAGCAAGUUCAGGAGGGAAACACUCUGACUCCACAAGCAAUAGGGAGUCAUGUUCUUCGACAGAGACAUCGUGAAGAAAAGAACAAAGCUGCAACUUUUAGCUGAGCAAACGGUAGCACUGAGAAGUCAAAAGUUGUCAUCUCCCAUUGAAGACAUAGCUUUCCAUAGAAUGGAUUUGUCUUCUUCAGCUCAAGGCUCUUCAUCCAAAGGUGAUGUUUUGCAAUCUGUGAAUGAAAAAGAGAAGUUGUGGUGUGGAGAUACUUUAUCUCCAGUUGUGGAAGGAUUUUUGUUCAAGAAGGAAGACUUGCUUGCUUUAUCCAAAGGAACAAUCUCCUUAACAGAUGAGCAACUGAUACUCACUGAUGAAGAUAUCUCCCUGAUAAGUGAGGAACUUCUCUCUCCACUUGAAGAGGACAGUAUGUUUAAUAUGAAAGAAUUAACAUCUCCAGUUGAUGACUUGAUCUUCUAUGGGAGUGAAACAUUUCCAACGCCAGCUGAAAACAUCCCAUUCAGCUUAGAAGACUUGCCUCCUCCUCCUUCUACACCCGAAGAAACAGUUUCAUCAAGAAAUGAAGAGCUUCUGUCACCAUUUGAAGAAAAUACCUCCCUUAAAAUUGAGUACUUGCUGCCCCCAUCUCUUGAGAAGUCUUUUUUAAGUCAGGAUUUACUACCUUCAAGUGAUGACCUGAAUCUAUAUGACACAGAUGACUUUCCUUCUCCACCACCUCCUCCCACUGAAGAAAUAGAUGAAAAGAGUGAGGAGUCUGUGGUUGAGGAAGGCAGAAGUAGGCCCAAAGCAGAUGGAAAACAGGAAACGCAUGAAAUGGAAAAGGAGAGCAGAGAUGCACUUUGGAGUUUUCAUAUUGGAGAUAGAGUGCUGGUACAUCAUUCAAAGGCUGGUACCUUAAGGUUCAAAGGACACACAUCAUUUGAGCAAGGUUACUGGGCUGGUGUAGAGCUGGACAAAGCAGAAGGAGACCAUGAUGGAACAUUUUAUGGGGUUAAGUACUUUGAAUGCACAAAUAAAUGCGGGAUCUUUGUUCCUCCUGAUCACAUCACUCACCUUUGGGAUGAUUAUGAAGUUGACUUCGAUCUCACAGACAGCGACGAUUCCAUGGAUGGUUCACCUGCACGAAACUACAAAAGCCUGAGGGACGAGUUAAAAGAAUCUUCGUUCUUUCAAGAAGAGCCUGAAGAGACAGGAAAUGAGAAGGGGAACGUGGGGCUGGGUAGAAAAGAAUCCUCACAUCCGUUCGACGAGGAAGAGCUUUGUCUAAGUGAGGACAGGGAUGUGGAACUGGAACGCACAAUCCUGGAAUGUGCAAGGGCAGUGGAAUCAUUUGGAGAUUCGCAGGAAUUAUCUGAAAGUGAAGCAGACGGAAAAUUUGAUUUUGAGGCCAAUGUAAAUCCAAAGGUCUCCUUCAGAACCAAGGCUUUACCGGGCUCCCAGGGUAAGCACCACGGACAGCUGGUGAGUGAAAUUACUGAACAUCUCACAAGACAUCUUGUACAAGAAACAUUUGCUGAGCUGAGCAAUCUGAGCACCAAAAAGGUCAAGGGCUGGUGGCCAGGCGAAUGUCGGAAUAAACUGGAGAGGCCUACAUUGACAUUGAAGAAUGGGUGCCAGCUCCAAGGGCAAGGUGACCAUGACAAGUCCUUCACCAAAGUUAUUAACCUUAGAGGAAUAGACGGCGGUGAGCUUGCAGGUCAGAUUAAAACUGUGACAGGAGACUGUAACAAAAAAGCUAUAGAAAAUGUGACGGAGAACACGGUUGCAACAUUUAUGGAUGACGCUGCGGAUGAAUCCACAAAAGUCAAGAGAAAACACAAUGAGGACUUGAAAGGAGCUAUUUCACUCCGGCCUCAGACUUCAGUGGAUGAUUUGGCUGGGAAGGUACUUGAUGCUGGAAUGUUCGGAGAAAACCAGGACAUCAGCAGUGAGGAGUUUAAAGGGCUCCAGCCCAUCCCAGGCAACAAAUCUCAAAAGCAGAUGUUUGCAUUGGAUCGGUGGUAUUCGGGCCCAUGGAGACAAAUAAAGGAGACCGUUUUCAUUGUCCCUCAUGACCUUAGCCACGUACGGAAGUUGGUUGAAGAUGCUGUGCACGUACUUUGGAGGCAACGUGACCAACUUCAAGCUGGGGAUAGCGUUGACCUGUCCGAAGUUUUGACAUUUACCGAAAUUGAUGAAAUGGACAAAGAUGCAGAAAGCAAAAGGGUAUACAAGCAGGCUGUACUGGAUUUGACUUGUGACAUCUUUCAAAACCUUUUCAUGAAGGACUCCGAAUCCACCCAUUACCCUUGUGUGAAGCGAAAGCCAUCAGGCUCACUUUGUCCACUUUCAACACAGAGGAUGUUAAUGAGGUGAAGUUAUUUGUCCAAGGCAAAGUGCUAAAGCUGCUAAAUCUGGACAGAAAUGAUCUGGAAAUGAAGUGGAAACUCCAGAAAUUGACAAAGUACGGAAAGAGCAAAAGGGAUCAGGUUGACAUUAUUCUGAUUCAGGAAUUGCAAGAAGAAAACAAUCAGUGGGUGGAAUAUGAGACCGAUGAGUUCACUGUGAAGAUGAAACUGACUGAGGAAAUUUUUAACCUCCUGAUCUAUGACACCAUCGAUACCCUUAACAGAAUCUCUCAAAAGAGAUCUCAGGACCAAAGCCCUAAUAAAUAGAAUGGUCCUAGCUGGACAAGAAGGGGGACUAAACAUAGGUUACUUGGCAAUUAUUUAGGCUGGUUGGGCCAUUUGAAGCCUGAGGAAAAUGUUGACGUGAAUACUGGACUACUGACGUGGAGUCCUGUAGCUCAGUGGUGAGAGCACUCGCUUUGCAAGUGA